ACUAACACUUAUUUUGUACUUUAUCCAAAGAUUAUUUGCCUUGCUUAGUAUGACAUCUGUAUAAUGAGGGUACAAUUAGUUUAUUGAAAAUUUAUGUAUUUUAAAAUCAUUUUAUUGCAUGUUGAUAUUUAGGUAGCCACGCUGUAGAUUAUUAUUUAUUAGAUAGUUUUCUUGAAAGGUUCACUUCAAAUAUGUCUCGAACUGCUGAAAAUUAAAAAUUAAUGACAGUGAGAUUAUUUUGGAUACAAUGGAACUCAGUGUAAUUAACCUAAAUAUGUAUAACGAAGAAAGGAAAAAAUAUAUAAAAAGUAAAUGCUGUAUGGAUCAUAGAUGUGAAGAAUCUGCUUUAGCUAACAGACUACAAAAUUUAUAUAAUGGUACACUCAAAAGUUCAUCAACGAUUCGAGUUAUCUUUAAACUUUUUAAGCCAUCUGCACCCCAUAAGGUAAAAAAUAAUAACAAAACACCCUAAAUCAUUUCAUAACCAAAACGACGCUCUGAGUUGAGAUGUGCAAGUUUUCAACAAAACUGAAGAAUCAAUUUUUCGAUAUUUCAGAUUUACGAUAUUUCAGUGUUGACGUGUUUCAGUAUUUUGAAUCUUCAAUUUUGCCAUUUUUGAUUUGAAGUGCAUGUUUUUUAAAACAUGUUUAGAGUUACCAAAUGAAACUUAAAUUGGAGGAAUAUGACGAUAAACUGGAAAAACUGCCGUUAAAUCAAUGGAGCCUUCAAAAGCAAAACAGUUCUGAAUUUUUAAGAUGCAAUAAAAGGUAAAACAUGCCUAAAGACACAGAACUAUUUUCUGUCCAAAGCAACGCUCUGAGUUCAAUUCUAAAAGUAUACGACAAAACUGAAGAAUCGUUGGCUGAAGAUGUCCUAAACUUAAAAGACUGGAUGAAAGGUCAGCAUCACCUUCCCGAAAUCUUAAAUGACAAACGUGUGCAAAAUUUUCUAAUCUUAAAUAAAUGUAAUGUGGAAAAAGCAAAAAAAAAAUAUAGACAAUUAUUACAGUUUCCGAAGUCAGGUACCUGAUUUAGCCGAAAAUAUGAAUCCUCGUUGCUCAAACAUAAAAGAAGUGGAUAAGCUAAUAUACCAUGUACCCUUACCAAAAAUGACCAAGGAUAUGUACAGAGUGUUCCUGCAGAAAUACCGAAUUAAAGACAAAGUGGGGCAAAUUGAUCCCUAUGACCUACUUAAAAUGGCUUACAACUUGCAUGAAAUUCGAUUGAAAGAAGAUGUUAUGUGUGGAGAUGUGAUCAUUUUUGACUUAAAAGGAACAUCCAUGCGUUUAUUGUCAAAACUAACACCAGCUUUUCUCGUGACAGUCAUCACUUUGUAUAAGAAAAUAUUUUCUCUUCCACUGAAGGGUCUGUACAUAAUUAAUAUUGUCCCUUACGUCAGCACACUACUAUCUGUUUUUAAGACUCUCGUUAAACCUAAAUUAUUUGCAAGGGUUCAUGUGUGUAACGAUGCGAAUAUUUUAAAGGAGCACUUUCCUUUAGAAAUGUUAGCAAGGGAUUACGGUGGCACCGAGAAGUCAGUCGACGAAUUGCAUGAAUUAUGCGAACUAAAGCUUCAAGAAUAUCAAGAUCGUUUCGAUCUACUGGAUAAAUUGAGAGUGAAUGAAAGUUUAAGGCCAGCCAUACUUGAAAAUGAAGACGACGAAUUUUUGGGAUAUCAUGGCAAUUUUAGAAAGUUAAACAUUGACUAACAUUUAUUUUGCACUUUAUCGAAAUAUUUUUUUUCCAUGGAUAUAUAUGUAAUAAGGGUAGAAUUACCUAAUUGCAAAUUUAAGUUUUCAAAUUUUCAUUUAUUCGAAUUUUUAAAUUCACGAUUUUUCGACUUCGACGUUAUUGUUGUUAACCUUGUUUGUAAUUAUGCACAGUGAAGCCUCCAAAACUAAACUAAACACAAAAAACCUGUUCUAUUAAAAGUUUUAAUUCCCUCACUUCAUAAAGUAAAA